AUGGUCCGUGUCCACCUUGCUCUCGCUGCUGCCUUGGCUCUCAUCGCCGACUGUGCUAGUGCAUUCACCAUCGGUUCACCCGAAGGCUUGGCCGCUGGAACCACUGGCGGAGCUAACGGCAAAACGGUGUACCCGACCUCCAACAGUGAGUUGGUGAACUACCUCGCCUCAAACGACCCUCUCGUCAUUGUGCUGAAUAAGGCCUUCGACUUCCGUGGCACUGAGGGCACCACCACUGAGACCGGUUGCCGACCGGACUACACUCGCGAAUGCAUGGCCAAGAACAACGGCUACAAGAGUCAGGAUGUGAUCAUCCAGGGUGGAAACAUGGCCACCACUGGAGGUUGCACCGGUGGCACUAAGGUCACGGUGAAGUAUGACAACGCUGCUCUUAAGCGUAUGACCGUUCUGGGCAACAAGACCAUCCGUGGUAUCGGCAAGAGCGGUGUCAUCAAGGGCAAAGGAUUGACGCUUGCCGGAGACAAUAUCAUCGUGCAGAACGUCCACAUCACGGAGCUCAACCACCACCUUGUCUGGGGUGGAGAUGCCAUCUACAUGCAGGGAACGAACGGUGGCAGCACGGCCAUGAAGAAGAUUUGGCUCGACCACAUCAAGAUCUCUCGUGUCGGUCGCCAGUUCAUCACAACUAACAAGGCCAGUACCGACUCGAUGACCAUCAGUAACUCCGACUUCGACGGCAACACGGACUACUCCGCCACUUGUGACGGUCACCACUACUGGUCGUUCAUCUUCUACGGCGUGACGAAGUUCAGUAUGCUGAACAACUACAUCCACGGCACUUCUGGUCGUUCUCCUAAGAUCGGUGGCGAAGCUGAAGCGAAGGUUGUCGCCCACGUCGCCAACAACUUCUGGGGUAACAACACCGGUCACUCUUUCGAGAUCGGCGAGAAUGCGUGGGUGCUUGCAGAGGGAAACUACUUCAGCAACACCAGGAUGCCCCUGUUCACAGGUACAAAUGGUGCGUUGUACGCCGCAAGCAGCAGCGACGAGUGCUCGAACUACCUGGGCCGUUCGUGCGCGGCUAAUACGCUGACAGAUAGCGGCAGCUUCGACUCUCGUAACGGCGGAACUGCUCUGAACAUGAUUAAGGGCGUCUCUACUUGUGUGAACUACAAGCCGGAUGCCGCCGAGACGACAAGUGGUUCUCAGCAGCAACAGCAGCAACAGUCGUCCCAGUCGAACGAAUCGCAGCAACAGUCUUCUCAGGCGAGUGAUACGACGCAGCAGCAGCAGUCGUCGCAAAACAGCGAUUCGGAGCAGCAGCAGAGAGUCCAAACGAGUGGCUCGGUGCAGCAGGAGUCCCAAUCGAGAAAGCUGGCUGUGCAAACAAGCGACCUGGAGAAGGAGUGGCAGCAGACCACUGGCAACUUCGGUUUCCUCACGACGAACCUGGCCAGUACCGAUUCCAUGACCAUCAGUAACUCGGAUUUCGAUGGUAACACGGACUACUCUGCCUCGUGCGAUGGCCACCACUACUGGUCGUUCAUUUUCUACGGCGUCACACGUUUCAGUAUGCUCAACAACUACGUGCAUGGAACCUCGGGUCGCUCUCCCAAGAUCGGUGGAGAAGCUGAAGCCCACGUCGUUGCGCACGUCGCCAACAAUUACUGGGGCAACAAUUCUGGCCAUUCCUUUGAGAUUGGCGCUAAUGCCUGGGUUCUUGCUGAAGACAACUACUUCAGCAACACAAGAAUGCCUCUGUUCAACAAGACCGACGACGGAGCUCUGUACACGGUGGAUAAUGAUGACGAGUGCACCAAAUACCUGGGUCGCGCCUGCAAGGCGAACGUUCUGGUGGAUAGCGGUAUCUUCCCGUCUCGUAACGGGGAAACUGCUCUUGAGACUAUCAAGACGGUCCCUAUUUUCGUUGACUACUCGACGGGUUCCACUCAGGCCAGUGAUUCGCGGCAACAGUCAAGCGGCAUGGAGGAGCAGCAGCAAGUGCAGCAAUCCGUCCCUGGAACGGUGAAGCCGUUAGCCGAGACGAAGCCAGCGUCGAUCCAGUCGAAAGAUGUGGAGAGCGUGUGGGUCAAGACAUCUGACAACUUCGGUGUUGGCAAGCUUGAAUAA